CCACUUCCAUAUAUCCCCUAGCUCUACCUCCUGCUCGGCCUCCUCACACCAAGCUUCUCGUUGCAUCAACCGACGGAGGCGACCGGUGAGGAGAGCGAGGAGGAGCAAGCAUGUCUGCCAACGACGGAGACGUAAAUACGAGGGUGAUCGUCAUGGAAGGCGAUGAGAGCGAGACGAGUAACGCGCCCAAGGAUGAAUGCUGCGACUACACCCUUGACGGCUCCGUCGACAUCAAGGGCUCACCGGCGGUGAAGGGCAAGUCUGGCGGAUGGCUCGCCGGCGGCCUUAUUCUUGUGAACCAGGGUUUGGCAACACUGGCCUUCUUCGGAGUGAACGUGAACCUGGUGUUGUUCCUGACGAGGGUGCUCAAGCAGAGCAACGGCGACGCCGCCAACAACGUGAGCAAGUGGACCGGAACGGUGUACAUGUUCUCCCUCAUCGGCGCCUUCCUCAGCGACUCUUACUGGGGCCGCUAUAAGACAUGCGCCAUAUUUCAGGCCAUCUUCGUCCUCGGGCUCGCGCUGCUGUCGCUGUCGUCGCGGCUGUACCUGAUCAGGCCGGUCGGGUGCGGCACGGAGCACGCGCCAUGCGAGCCGCACUCCGGCGCCGAGCUGGGGAUCUUCUACAUCGCGCUGUACAUGAUCGCGUUCGGAAACGGCGGGUACCAGCCCAACGUCGCCACCUUCGGCGCCGACCAGUUCGACGGGGAGGACCCGGCCGAGGCGCACUCCAAGGUCUCCUUCUUCAGCUAUUUCUACCUGGCGCUCAACCUCGGCUCGCUCUUCUCCAACACCUUCCUCAGCUUCCUCGAGGACGAGGGCAACUGGGCGCUCGGCUUCUGGUUGUCCACUGCCGCCGCCGCCACCGCGCUGCUGCUGUUCCUCAGCGGCACGCUCCGGUACCGGUACAUCCGGCCCAGCGGCAAUCCGGUGGGAAGGAUCUGCCAGGUCGCGUUCGCGGCGUGCAGGAACCGGAAGGCCGGCGUGUCACCGGGUGGCGAGAGCCUCUACGAGAGCGAUGAGAAGGCGGAUUCCGGUGGGAGGAAACUCAUGCAUACGGAAGGAUACAGGUUCUUGGACCGUGCGGCGCUGGUGGGUGCUAACCCGAAGCUCGCCACGUGCACCCAGCCGCGCGACCCCUGGAGGCUGUGCACGGUGACGCAGGUGGAGGAGGUCAAGAGCAUCCUGCGGCUCCUCCCCAUCUGGCUCUGCACCAUCCUCUACUCCGUCGUGUUCACGCAGAUGGCCUCGCUCUUCGUCGUGCAGGGCGCCGCGAUGCGCCGCACCACCCGGUUUCCGGGCUUCUCCGUCCCGCCCUCCAGCAUGUCGGCCUUCGACAUCCUCACCGUCGCCACCACCAUCUUCCUGUACCGCCGGGCCGUCUGCCCGCUGGCGUCACGACUCACAGGUCGUCGCACCGGCCCAACGGAGCUGCAGAGGAUGGGCCUCGGCCUGGUGCUCGGCGCGAUGGCCAUGGCCACGGCCGGCACGGUCGAGCACUUCAGGAAGGCCAGCGCCACCACGGCGAUGAGCAGCGACCUGCACAUCAUGUGGCAGGUGCCACAGUACGCGCUGAUCGGCGUGUCCGAGGUGAUGAUGUACGUCGGCCAGCUUGAGUUCUUCAAUGGGGAGAUGCCCGAUGGGCUCAAGAGCUUCGCGAGCGCGCUGUGCAUGAUGUCCAUGUCGCUCGGUAACUACUUCAGCGACGUCAUCGUGAGCGCGGUGACCAAGGCCACGGCGGUGCGCGGGCGGCCUGGCUGGAUCCCCACCGACCUUAACGAGGGCCACCUCGACAAGUUCUUCUUCUUGCUCGCCGUGCUGGCAGUCGCGGACUUCGCCGUGUACCUCGUGUGCGCUAGACGGUACGGGAGUGGCACGGUGGGCGACCGGAGCGACGGGGAGGAUGAUGGCAUGGCCGGGCAGAUGGCGACGCCGGUGUAAGCGUUAGCACGAAUCGGUCGUCUGCUCGCGCUCGAUAGAUGCAUGGCAGGCUGUUGUGGUUCUUGAGAUGGAGACUGAAAACUCUUCAAGGGGAUAGAUCAACCGGUUUAGCGCGACAAGUCUCUGUUGAUGAUAGGACAUGCACGGGCACAAGGGAUAGCGACAUGAUACUACAGAAUAAGAGGUCGCUACAGAUGCAGUAUUGUUCUA